AAUCUGAAAAUUUCUGGCUUUGCUGUUCCCAUUUUGCGUGAGGAGGAUACACGAAAAGAGAGAGGAGAGAAGCUAAUUGUAGCUCCGACGCUCACCAACAUCAGGUCUCAUUCGUCAAUGGCGUCGUGGAACAUGGGUCUCGCUUCAUGCCACAAGACGAUGUCUUUUGAGGUUUCAUGCAGUAGGAAGAGAGACAGAGACAGGGAACGAGGUAGCAUCUAUCCCUACAAAGUGGUUGAAAUAACUCCUCCACCCAAGUGUCUCGGCGUUCGUUGCUUACCCCCUAACUUGCAGUGCGGGGAGAGUGUAACAAUAGAAGGACAAGCCUAUACUAUUUCAGCUGUAACACAUCGCUAUCAGCUUCGGAAAGGAAAAUACGAACCAAGCGAGAAGAGACUUGAUGUUUUGUCCACAGGAAGAUACUUAGUAAAUUUAUAUUUAGAAAAUUUAUUAGAACAAUCUUGAUUAGUACAGUUAUGUAGUAACUUCUAUUUUUGUAUCAAUGUGUAAUGACUUAGUUAUGUGUCCA